AUGCCCACCCCAGCAGAUACCCUCAUCGUCGUGCUCCUCGUCCUCCUCCCGGUCCUGUACUUUUACAAGGACAGCCUCCCGCUCAUCGGAAAGCCCAGCAAGAACUCGGGCGAUCGAGCUGGAGUCAACGGGAAUGGAAGCAAGGGGGGAGUCGAGGAAGAGGGAGAUCCGAGGGAUUGGUUGGAACAGAUGAACAAGGCCAACAAACGAUGUAUCAUGUUCUACGGCUCUCAGACCGGGACGGCCGAAGAAUACGCCAUCAGGCUCGCCAAAGAGGCCAAAUCUAAAUUCGGCAUCUCUUCCCUCGUCUGCGACCCAGAGGAAUACGAUUUCACCAAACUCGACGCCGCUGCUGAAGAGGACAAGGUGGUCUUCUUCCUCAUGGCCACCUACGGAGAGGGAGACCCCACCGACAACGCCCAGCCGUUGGUAGAGUUCCUGAUGGACGACGAGGUGCAGUUCAGUAUGGAGAGGGAAGGAGGGGAGAGGUUGAAAGGGUUGAAGUAUGUCGUCUUUGGUCUGGGGAACCGGACUUAUGAGCACUUUAACGAGGUGGCGAGGAAAUUGGACAAGCGGUUGACAGAGCUCGGAGCGACUAGGGUCGGGGAGAGGGGUGAGGGGGACGAUGACAAGUCUAUGGAAGAGGAUUAUCUGGCUUGGAAGGAUCCCAUGUGGGUGGAUUUCCAGCGGGUCACCGGCAUCGAAGAGGGCGGGAGUGGGGAUGUGGCCGAUUUCGUCGUCCAAGAGUUGAGCGCCGAUGCCGCGGAAAAGGAAAAGGUCUUUCACGGAGAGUUGAGCGCGAGGGCGUUGGCGUUCGUAGGGACUGCGAAUGGAGGCGGACCGACUUCGGGGACGAUCACCAAGACUGGGAUCCCGGAUGCCAAGAACCCUUACCUCGCACCCGUCAAGGUCGCCAGGGAACUGUUCUCGGUCGACUCGGACCGCAACUGUAUCCACGUCGAGUUUGACAUCAAGGACAGCGGGGUCGUCUACCAGACCGGUGAUCACGUCGGGGUCUGGCCUACCAACCCGGACGUCGAGGUGGACAGGAUCUUGUGCGUCCUCGGUCUCGCUGGCGAGGACAAGAGGCACAGGGCUAUCAAGGUGGAGAGUCUCGAUCCGACGUUGGCAAAGAUCCCGUUCCCCACCCCUGCUACGUACGAUGCCAUCUUUAGGCAUUACCUCGAUGUCUCGGCCGUGGCUUCAAGGCAGACUUUGGCGCUCCUCGCUAGGUUUGCGCCGAACGCGGAAGUGGGCGAGAGGUUGUCAAAGCUGGGUACGGACAAGGAUGCCUAUAACAAGCACGUCCAGGGACCCGCUCUCAAGCUAGCCGAGGUCCUCCAGGCUGUAGCCGGGGACGAUCUCCACCAGGUCCCUUCGAUCGGGAACACUACGGUCUGGAAGGACAUUCCGUUUGACAGGAUCAUCUCGGUCAUUCCCAGGUUACAACCCCGGUUCUAUUCCAUCUCUUCUUCGCCCAAGCUUUACCCGGACUCGAUUCACAUUACCGCGGUGGUCUUGAAGUACGAGUCCCAGCCUUCCGAGCACCACGGAGGCAGGUCCAGGUUCGUCUACGGGGUUGGGACGAAUUUCAUCAUGAACGUCAAGAUGGCGCAAGAGGGUCAUGCAGGGAAAGCACCCGUGAUGGCCGAUCAGAGCCAACAGCCCAAUUCGGCCCCGUCGAUCGUACACCCUCAAGCGAGCACGCCCAAGUACAAGAUCUCCGGGCCGAGGGAGCGUCAUUUCAGGGAUGAGAAGUACCUCGUCCCCGUUCACGUCAGGAGGUCUACCUUCAGACUGCCUACUUCGCCCAAGAUUCCGAUCAUCAUGAUCGGACCGGGAACAGGUGUAGCUCCCUUCAGAGGGUUCGUGCAAGAACGUCUCGCUGCCGCCCAGCGGGCGAUCACCAAGGCCGGACCGGGAGCUACGCCCGAAUCGGCCUUGAAGGAUUGGGCAGAGAUGUUCUUGUUCUACGGGUGCAGGAAGGAGGAUGAGGAUUAUCUGUACAGGGACGAGUGGCCAGAGUAUCAGAGGGGUUUGGGGGGCAAGUUGAAUUUGGAAGUCGCUGUUUCGAGGAGCGAGAGGCGGAAGCCUGACGGUAGCAAAGUCUACGUGCAGGAUCUGCUUUGGGACGCGAGGGACAAGCUCGUCCCCCUCAUCCUGGAAAAGAGGGCCUACAUCUACAUCUGCGGAGAUGCCAAGAACAUGGCGCACAGCGUCGAACAAAAGCUCAUGGCCAUGCUCGGCGAGGCCAAGGGAGGAUCCGCCGAGGUCGAGGGCGCGAAAGAGUUCAAGCUGUUGAAGGAGAGGCAGCGACUCUUGCUCGACGUCUGGUCGUAG